UAUUGCUAAUUUCAUCGUGACACUUGUCUGUCGUCACAUUCGCUCUUGGCUGGCCUUAGUCCAGAACUUGCGCGCAAACCGCUGCAAAAUAAUUCACGAUCGCCGCUAAGGUCGGCAGGCUGACUUUUAAGUCAGUCGGCAGUCGAGCCUCGCGAUUGAUCGAUUGUCAAUCGGGAAUAUCAUUGUCUGGUUAGAAGAAAAAAAUUAAAAGGGGACGAAAGAUGCCGAACGGAAAGAAGAAAGUGUGCAUCGUCGGUAGCGGCAAUUGGGGCUCAGCAAUUGCGAAGAUUGUUGGAACAAAUACAAUGAAAUACAAUAACAUAUUUGAGACUCGAGUAACCAUGUAUGUGUAUGAGGAGAUUAUCAAUAAUGAAAAAUUGACUCACAUAAUCAACACCCUUCAUGAAAACGUUAAAUAUCUGCCUGGGCACAAACUUCCAGAAAAUGUGGUUGCCGUACCUGACGUUGUAGAAGCUGCAAAAGAUGCCGACAUUCUCAUCUUUGUGUUGCCGCAUCAAUUUAUUCGUACGUUGUGUUCGACAUUGUUGGAUAACAUAAAACCAACUGCAGUUGGUCUUUCUCUUGUUAAGGGUUUUGGCCGAGGCGAAGGAAACAGUAUCGAAUUAAUUUCCAAAAUCAUCGAAAAGAAUUUAAGAAUACAGUGCAAUGUUCUGAUGGGCGCUAAUCUGGCCAAUGAAGUUGCCGAGGAAAAAUUCUGUGAAACUACAAUUGGAUGCAAAGACAAACGAUUGGCACCGAUUCUAAGAGAUCUUAUUCAGACUUCAAACUUUCGAGUAGUUGUCGUGGAAGAUUGCGAGACCGUGGAAGUGUGCGGGGCUCUGAAGAACAUUGUCGCGUGCGCAGCUGGUUUCGUAGACGGUCUCGGAUUAGGCGACAACACGAAAGCCGCGGUGAUCCGAUUAGGGCUGAUGGAAAUGGUCAAAUUUGUCGAUACCUUCUAUAGCGGUUCUAAGCUCUCCACAUUCUUUGAGAGUUGCGGUAUCGCAGAUUUGAUUACUACUUGUUAUGGAGGACGAAAUCGCAGAGUUUGCGAACAAUUCGUCAAGACUGGCAAGACUAUCAAAACGUUGGAAGAUGAGCUGUUGUCUGGACAGAAGCUGCAGGGACCAGCAACGGCAGAUGAGGUCCACGACAUGCUGAAAGCCCGCAAUCUGAUGGACAAAUUUCCACUGUUUACCGCGGUACAUCGCAUCUGUACUGAUCAGCUGCGACCAGCAGAUCUCAUCGACCAGAUUCGCAGUCAUCCUGAACAUGUGAUGAAACUAGAGGAAGGAAAUGCAUAAUUUAUACACAGCAUAUAUAAAUUUAACAC